AUGUUGGAGCCCAAGGACAUGAGUCGGGACAAGUUUCCCUGCAGACAGAAGAUUCAAUCUACUUCAGGAGAUACCUGGCCAGAAUCUUCCACCCUUAGAGUUCCACCUGUGGCUGCAUUCAACAGGAUGUCUUUUGACAGUCACUAUGAACAGGACCGUAGUGCACUUAAAAAGAGGGAAUGGGAACGGAGGAGUCAAGAAGUUCAGCAAGAAGAUGAUCUCUUUUCUUCAGGCUUUGAUCUUUUUGGAGAGCCCUACAAGGUAGCUGAAUAUGUAUACAAUAAAGGGAUGGCCCUUGCUAAUCGAGUCCAGAACACUCUUGGAAGCUAUGAUUAAAUGAAGGAUCUACUAACUAACCAUUCCAGUCAGAAUCCCUGGUGGGCAUCCCGAAAAAAUUCUGUGCCCCAAACUCCUAUCAGCAAUAGUGAAUCAAGCUUUAAUCCCGCAAAGAAUCGAAUGCUGCCAUCUCACCAGGAGAAUACCCACUCUUCAGCACCAAUGCCUCCACCUUCAGUCGUGAUACUGAAUUCCACUCUAAUACACAACAGAAAAUCGAAACCUGUGCAACGAGAUAAUCAGAACACUAGUCCUGCACAGCCAAGCCAGGCCACUAGUCAACCAAACAAGAUGCAGACAUCCACACAAGAUCCACCUCAAACCCGACUGGAAGACUUCUUUGUCUAUCCAGCUGAACAACCCCAAAGUGAUACAGUUAAAAAAUCUAAUCCAUCUUCAACGGAAGAUGACACCAAGUCUGGAGAAGAUGCUUUCAAAGAAAUCUUUCAGUCUAAUUCACCAAAAGAAUCCGAUUUUACAGUGCAAGCACCUGGGUCUCCCCUAGUUGCCUCAUCUAUUAGCUUCCCACGCAGUGGCCUUUCUGUUCCAUCCAACCUUCCACCUGGGCUUUACUGCAAAUCAAGCAUGGGGCAACAAAAGCCAACUGCAUAUGUAAGGCCCAUGGAUGGGCAGGACCUAGCAACUGACAUCUCUUCAACACUGAAGCCUUCCAUUGAAUUUGAGAACAGCUUUGGAAACCUCUCCUUUGGGUCACUGUUGGAUGGGAAACCCAGCACAACCAGUUCAAAGACCAAACUGCCGAAGUUCACAAUCCUGCAAACAACUGAAGUAAGCCUUCCCAGUGAUCCAAGCUGUGUCGAGGAAAUCCUGCGGGAAUCUCAGCAUCUGACUCCAGGAUUUACCUUACAAAAGUGGAGUGACCCGACCAGCAGAGCUUCUACAAAGAUGCUUGAGGAUGACCUGAAGCUGAGCAGUGAUGAAGACGAUCUUGAGCCUGUCAAGACCUUGACCACUCAAUGCACAGCCAAUGAGCUCUAUCAGGCUGUUGAAAAGGCAAAACCUAAGAAUAAUCCUGUGAACUCAUUCUUGGCCACACCACAGCCUCCACCUGCAGUGGGGUCUGGCAGCUCCAGUGAGUCAGAGAGCAGUUCAGAAUCAGACUCAGACACUGAAAGCAGCACUACUGACAGUGAGUCCAAUGAUGCUCCUCGAGUGGCCACUCCAGAGCCUGAGCCUCCUUCCACCAACAAAUGGCAGCUAGACAAAUGGCUGAACAAAGUCACAUCCCAGAACAAGUCAUUUAUUUGUGGCCAAAAUGAGACACCCAUGGAAACCAUUUCUCUGCCUCCUCCAAUAAUACAACCAGUGGAAGUCCAGGUCAAAGUGAAACCAAACCCCAGCCAGACUGUGGCUGGACCCAAAGAAAGGCCUCUGCUUGGCCUCAUUAGGGAGAAGGCUCGACCUAGGCCCACUCAGAAAACCCCAGAAACAAAGGCUUUGAAGCAUAAGUUGUCAACAUCAAUUGAUGCAGUUUCUCAAAGGACAAUUGGGAAGAAACAGCCCAAAAAGGUUGAGAAAAACACCAGCUUUGAGGAGUUUACCUGGCCCAAACCAAAUAUUACCAGCAGCACUCCCAAAGAAAAAGAAAAUGGAGAGCUUCCUGAACCACCACGAAGCCGCAACAAAGUCACCGCCCAUAAACCAGUCCCUAGGAAGGAACCAAGGCCCCACACCUCUUUGGCCACUGAGAAGAAGAAGUAUAGAGGGCCUGGAAAGAUUGUACCAAAGUCCCGGGAAUUCAUUGAAACAGAUUCAUCUACAUCUGACUCCAACACAGACCAGGAAGAGACCCUGCAGAUCAAAGUAUUGCCUCCUUGCGUUGCCCCUGGAAAUCACACUUCCAAAUCCAAAGAUCCAUCCUGUGCUAGCCUGACCCUUAGCACCUUGACCACCAGUAGCAGCAGCAGCAGCAGCUUAUCCACCAGCAAUGAGGAGACAGCUUUUUCACCUCCGCCUGCCAUGCAAACUGAGCUUUUGUCCCCACUACGGGAACACGAAAAUCCGAAAAACCUCUGGGUGAAGAUUGACCUUGAUUUACUUACGAGAGUACCCGGCCAAAACACAGUCCCAGCAACACCUGCCAAGACAGAGCACAAGGAGACUGCCUCAAAACCCAAGCGUCAAACUGCUGCCAUCGCUGUGGAAAAGCCAGUCCCUAAGGGCAAGCGUAAGCACAAGCCAGCAGAAGCUGCAGAGAAAAUCCCUGAGAAGAAGCAACGCCUGGAGGACAACACUAUCUGCUUGCUUCCUCCUUGCAUUUCACCAGCCCCACCCCAUAAGCCUCCCAACACUAGAGAAAAUUCAUCCAGGAGAACAAACAGGAAAAAAGAAGAAAAGUUGUUCCCUCCUGCACUUUCCCCACUGUCAGAGGACCCUCCACGUCGCAGAAAUGUCAGUGGCAACAAUGGGAUCUUCAGUCAAGACAAAAACACCUCAGUGGCUGGACAACUCACCUCUACCAAGCCUAAGCGAAGUGAAGGCAAAUUCUGUGCUACUUUCAAAGGGAUAACUAUAAAUGAGGGAGAUGCCCUGAAAAAGGCUGCUUCUGCCACCAUUACUGUCACCAAUACAUCUAUUGCCACUGCUACUGUCACUGCUACUGCCAUUGUCACUACCACUGUCACAGCUACUGCCACCACCACUGCCACAUCCACCACCACAACGACCACCACUACUAUUUCUACCAUCACCUCUACAAUCACUACUGGCCUUAUGGAUAGUAGUCACCUGGAGAUGACAUCCUGGGCAGCCCUGCCCCUCCUGUCUAGCAGCAGCGUCAAUGUUCGAAGACCCAAGCUCACUUUUGAUGACUCUGUUCACAAUGCUGAUUUUUACAUGCAAGAGGCUAAGAAGCUGAAACACAAAGCUGAUGCACUGUUUGAGAAAUUUGGCAAAGCUGUGAAUUAUGCUGAUGCAGCGCUCUCCUUCACUGAGUGUGGCAAUGCCAUGGAACGUGAUCCUCUGGAAGCAAAGUCACCAUAUACCAUGUAUUCUGAGACCGUGGAGCUCCUCAGGUACGCAAUGAGGCUGAAGAACUUUGCAAGCCCCUUGGCUUCUGAUGGGGACAAAAAGCUAGCAGUAUUAUGCUACCGAUGCUUGUCACUUCUCUAUUUGAGGAUGUUUAAGCUGAAAAAGGAUCAUGCUAUGAAGUAUUCCAGAUCACUGAUGGAAUAUUUUAAGCAAAAUGCUUCAAAAGUUGCUCAGAUACCACCAUCUCCUUGGGUAGGCAAUGAAAAGAAUACUCCAUCCCCAGUAUCUCUAAACAAUGUCUCUCCCAUCAAUACUAUGGGGAAUUGUAACAACGGUCCUGUCACCAUCCCCCAACGUAUUCACCACAUGGCUGCUAGCCAUGUCAAUAUCACCAGUAACGUGCUUCGGGGCUAUGAACACUGGGAUAUGGCUGACAAACUGACAAGAGACAAUAAAGAAUUCUUUGGCGAUCUGGAUACACUGAUGGGGCCUCUGACCCAGCACAGCAGCAUGACCAAUCUUGUCCGCUACGUUCGUCAGGGACUGUGUUGGCUGCGCAUCGAUGCCCAUUUGUUGUAG